AGGUGACAUACUUGUAUCAUUAGAGAGGCAAUAUCGUGGAUGGAGAGCCCAAUGUUCAGGUUUUUUCGGAGAUUCGGAGAAGAAAAGGCUGACCUCUACUUAUCGGCAGGAGAAGAGCUGAUAGUCCAAACACUAAAGCAUAAUCGCAAGUUGAGAAUUUCGCUCGUCCUUCUCUCUAAGAAAAUUCGCACCCCCUAACAGUCGGAUUUCCUUAGACUCUUGCGCAACUGCUUUGCUCUCUCAAGGAAAAAUUCUUCGAUUAAUCCACUCAAAACCUGUUCUCUCUAGCUCGGAUUUCUUCCUAGAACAUUAUUCCACGUUUGGAUUUAAGUUUUAGGGGAUUUUUGAGUGGAUUUGGACGGAAAUUCGAAGACUGGUGCGCAGAUUCUACUGUUCAUCGUUUCCAAAUUUCAGAAUUUGAUUUUUGAUCUUAACUAAAGAUUGGACGAUUGUUUGCUGAUAAAGAGAAUUGUUUGGGGGUCGCCUGACCUGGGCGCACCUCCCCACUGUUUUCCCGGCCACCAGAACGCCCGCCGUACCGGAGUUUCGAAGUAGCUGUUGCUGCGGGUUACUGUUCACCGACGGACACUUAAACCUAGAUUUCUUCAAAUUCUCUGGUUUAUUCUGAAAUUCAAGAUUACUCUGGGGAUCGUCUCCUCCUUGCGGUCAUUUUGAUAUCUAUUUGAGCUACUAUAACGAAGGAAAUCAAUUUGAAGCUACUGUUCAUCGGCCUGUUUCACUUAUGCGCAGGUAUGACAUAGCUAACACUUUAUUUCUUGAGUUUGUGUAGGUCUGGUUUCAAACGAAGCAUAGGGUGGGGAUCGCCAUCUUCAGGAGCACAUCAUACUAUUUUUUCAGAAUUUUCUGAGUUGUUUCUUGUGAAGUGGGUACUGUUCAUCAUCUUCAACCUCAAGACUGCAAGCUACAGUGUUUCCUACGAACCCAGGACUAGUUAGGAAUUUUUUCUGAACUCCUCACUUAUCCUUUGGUCAAACGGAGCAUUCCAGUGGCUUCCACGUAUCUUGGAGUACAUUAUAUACUAUUUCCAGAAUUUUUGGAGUAACGUUGGAAGGUUUAAUGUUCAUCUCCUUCCUCGUUUGAACUAUGACGAGGAAGAACAAGCAACAUCGAACCCCGCCAACUAAAGACAAGAGUUUUGAGGAGAAAAUCAAAUACCUUGCUGCAAAGAAAGCUGCCAUGGAAGAGGAGAAAUUGAAGAAGGGUAACCUGAUGAAGAGUCCUCCUUCAUCUUUCCCGGUUGUAUCUUCUAACUCUAUGGAGUUUCAUGCCGCGACACAGGGGGCCAUGGAGGUCUUACCUCAUGAUAUUCCUGUUAUUUCCUCAAAUUCCACCUGGGAGGCAUCCUCCAAGGCCACGACAUCUACUGAAAUUGGAGGGCUUGUGAACAACGGUGCUACACCAACUGGGGGGCAACCACACAAAACCGUGGCACAUAAUGUCAAUGCCGCGGCAUCACAGGGCUCGGGCGUGGGCAUGUCUUUUGGUGAGAAAUUACUGGGAUUGGGUUCUGCCUCGUCCAAAGCCGCACCAACACAGUUUUUAACAUUGGAUGAAAAUCUUGCUGGGGACAAUGAGGAACCCGAGGGGUCUAUCUCUCUUGGCUCCCAUGAUACCGAACCUUUGAAGAAACUGGUGGAAGAUAAGGAAGAGCCAAAAAAUGGUCUUCUUUAUUUAGAGAUAACCGAGCUCCUACUAGCGGGCUAAAGCUUGAAUAUUUCCCUGCUACGGGGGAAAAACUUGAUUUCUCACAUCUCAAGGUGCCUUCCCUCAUUGAAGUUUGGGGUUUUUGUCUCGUGGGUUACUUUUCCGGAAGAUUUCCCGGAUUGAAAGCUAUCUUUGACAUGACCAACAAAUGGGGGGUGGAUGUGGAUGUGAAGCCCCAUAAAAAGGGGUGGGUGAUUUUCAUAUUUAAAAAUGAAGAGGCAAGAAUGAAGGUACUAGCCGAGGGGCCAUACGUUCUAUAUGGCAAGACCAUGUUUCUCAAGGAGCUAUCGGAGGAUUUUUCUUUUGAUAGUGAAGAAUUCUUAAAGGUCCCGAUUUGGGUAAAGUUUCCAAGAUUGGCAUUGAGGCUAUGGCAAGCCACCGAGAUUGGCAUGAUUGCAUCUCAAGUGGGGGUGUCUAUUACUACCGAUAGGGUCACACGUGAGAUGCAAUUCACUAACUAUGCCCGUGUACUUAUUGAAGUGGAUGUUUCUAAGGCCCCAGUACUUCAAAUUCCUAUUGUCCCUCCUUCGGGCAAGGAAUAUCUACAAAGGGUGGUCUUCGAAUGGUAUCCGGAAUAUUGUUACAAUUGUAAAACAUAUGGUCACCACCCCUUUGGGUGCCCGAUUUUGCAUCCUCCAAAGGAGAAGAACAAACAAGAGAAUAAGGCUAUGGGAAAGGAGGCCGAGGCCCUUGACAAAGUGGGGGGUAAAUCAAGCGCUACUAUGAAUGUGGAACCUCCUUUUAUUGAAGUGGACCGGCGGAAAAAGAAGGUGGCUUAUACGAGGAAGGAUCCGGUGGCAAAGGAUGUGGCUUCUACAUCCAAUGCUUUUGUGGCUACAUCUUCACCCAUGGAUAACGCUACACCGGUAACUAAGGCUCCUAAUCUAAGGGGCCCGGAGGUGGCUAACAAGGGGAUCAACAUCUCGAAGGAGCUACUUACUCCAUCUUUGAGCAUUAAGCCGAGCCCAAGUGUCAAAUUUUCUAAGGCUCAUCAUGACCUUAUGGUUAUUGCAAAGGAUAAGGAUGGCAAGGAAGUGUUGGAGAGGAUGCCGCGGGGCUAUGUAAUUAGAAGCAUGUAUGAGAUGGACGCCAAAGACAUUGUGACCAGUGUCUUCUUGGAUGAAAGGAAAAGACCGCUUGCUACUAUUAUUGACCUUGAUGAGCUUCCGGAUGGAGAGCAUUUGGUUAAAGUGGGGCCCGACCUCAAGCCGGUGACUAGGGAGGAUGCGCCGGGUGUUUAUUUCACCCAUAGUAGUUUCUUGAAGCUCCCGGGAGUCAAACGCAACUCCACAUGGUAUGAUUUCGACCCGCCUAUUUUUUAUUGCUAACGUGCUUUCCUUUUUUGAUCCUAGUAGCAAGAACAAUGUGAGCUACUAUAAGGAACUCUUGAGGAGGAAGCGUAGGAGUGAAAAGAAGGAGGUGGCCGAGGGUGGAGGACCCACCACGGAUCUUUAUCUCUCUUGAUGCCGAAGCUCUUGGUAUGGAAUGUUAGAGGUUUAAACAAAACCUCUAAACAUAAUUUAAUUGCGUCUUAUAUUAAAGUGAAUAAUAUUUCCCUAGUUUGUUUUUUAGAAACAAAAAUGACCUUGGCUGCUCUUAAUAACUUUGUUUUAAAUAAAUGGCCGGGUUGGAUUUUUGAAAAAAUUUUUGAUUUAAUUAGUGGGGGACGCAUAGCUAUCAUGUGGAACCCUAAUUUGAUUAAUUGCGUAUUUUUGGAAAAGGAUAGGCAAUUUAUGCAUGCUAGAUGUACUUGUCGUAUUACGCAAACAUCCUUUUUUGCUACGUUUGUUUACCCGUUGUAUACGGUCCUUGAAAGGAAGGAAUUGUGGGAACAUUUGACCUCGGUUGGAGACCAAUUGGUUGAACCGUGGAUGGUCUGUGGUGAUUUUAAUUGCAUUUCCGCGCCUAACGAAAGGGUGGGUCCUACCCCCCCCCCCCACGACGUAUGUCAUGCAACACCUAUUUGAUUUCAAAUUAUCCAAUAGCCUACAAGAUGCACCCUCCACGGGGGAGUUCUUUACAUGGAAUAGAGGAACGCUUUGGGCUAAAUUGGACCGAGUUUUAAUUAAUGAUGGUUGGGGACUUAAUGGCAUCGGGUGUAGGGUCCGUUUCCAUGAAAUGGAGGUGGAGUUUGACCAUACGGCAUCCGUUGUGUCCAUUCUCCUAAAUUCCUCUCCUAGACCCAAACCAUUUAAAUUCUUUAACAUGUGGCUAAAACAUUCGGACUUUCCCAAUAUUUUAGCUACAAAUUGGAACCGGAAUUUUGUUGGAACGGCUCAAUUUACCUUGGUAAAGAAACUAAAGGGGCUCAAAAGGCCCCUAAAGUUGCUUAACACCACGGAAUUCGGCCACAUCUCCAAUAAAGUUAAGAUAGCAAAGGAGGAAUUUAAACAUUUGCAUAAACUAGCACUUCUAGACCCGGGGGAUCUAGAUAUUAAGGCUCGACUGUCCGAAGCUUCAAAGAGGGCUAUCUUUCUUGGUGAGGCCGAGGCAACAUUUUUUCAACAAAGAGCUAAGGCUACGCAUAUUCUUGAAGCGGACAAGUGCACCAAAUAUUUUCAUGCAAUUGUGAAAAGAAAUUUGGCAAGAAAUACUAUCUCCUCGCUUACCUUGGAGGACGGAUUUGGGGAAAGAUUAGGGAAUGGAUGAGCAUGGACAACCAGAUGACCACCCUGCAAAGUUCGGUCAAAUGGAUACUCAAGAAGCACAAGGGCUCAACCUUGAAGGCCAAAGCAGUCCGUCUUGCCUUUUGCGCCGCGGCAUAUCAUAUAUGGAGGGCAAGGAAUGCUUGUAGAUUUGAUGAAUGCACGAAAACCGAAGAUGAGAUUAUUGCAAAGAUUAAACAUGUGGUGUAUAAGAUAUUGUUUUCCUUGUACCCACAUUCUUUGAUCACUUUUUGACGCUGGGAGGCUGCUUGCAUACGAGGUGGCCGAGGCAUUUAUGUGGUUGCACUUGGCAACUCUUGAAGUUUUGCUCACUUGGUCAUUAGUUUGACCUGAACUUUUAUGAUCUGUGUGCGUGCAUUUUUGGCAGCACCGAUGUAUUUUUGUAUUGGGGGCAGUUUGGUAUUUUAUACUUAGGCCCCGGUGAUUUUGUUUUUGAUGUAGAUCGACUAAAAACCUCUCUUAACCCCUACACUAGGUACUGGUGGGGGUUUUAGGAGAUCUAGA